AUGUCGAAUCCAUCCAUGUCGAAUUUUUUGAAACAGCAAUUUAGUAUUUGCCCCGCCAACGGCUGUCAAGCCGUUGGGGAUGGGGCUUUCUCUGCUGACAUCACUCCUAGUGUACUUGCCGUCUGCCACAUGCAGGGCACGGACGAUAUGUACUACUACUCUACUACGUUCUCUGGCGGACCCGGAGUAAACUUUUCCAGUGGCGCGUUUGACAUCCCUAAUGCUAAAUGCCCUCCUGACAGAGGGUCGUCAGACUGUGUGACAGGCAGUCCGGCGUCUUCAAUUUCCUCUUCUUUCUCGCAUUACUCAUCGUCUUCCAACACAUCCAAUGAUUCACUUGUGCAUUCAUCUUACUCGCCUUAUCCAUCUGCGGUUCCGCCUCGCAACAUUCCCACCAGACCAGCUUCGCCCUACGACAUUGCCACUCCGCCCUUAACACCGGAUGACGAUGAAGAGAGUGGUGCCACUGGUAUAACUACCAAGCAUUCAAAAGAUGCUUUGGAUCUUCUUUUGGCCAUGUUUCCUCGUGAUGGAUUGAGCCUUUUGCCUUAUGCUAAGAGCGUCGUCGUCGCUGCCCCAAAUAUGGGUACUUCUUUCGAUGGUGUGGUGCUUGAUUUUCCUGGAAAGACCAAGACACUUUACGUCGAUGGCAAGAACGCCCAAGCGGUGUCCCUUCGCGAAAGCAUUGUGGCUCUCCUCGAUCUAGCCGACGAACAACUCCAGUGCUCAGCUUUGAUCAUCGCAUUCAACAAGGUUUCCCACGGUCUGAGCGAACUUUUACAUUCACUCAUGUACGUCGGGGGAAGCGUUGUUACUAAACCACCAUUCCAGGUUGAUCCUGCGUACAUCCUCGUCGGUGUGGAGAUUUAG